GGUUAAAAAAAAAGGAAGGAGGAAGAACUAGAGGGGGGGGGAAGAGAAUUUUUUUGAGUAGGCGGAGUUGCUCCCGACCUCUCUCAACUUUUCCUUCCCUGGUUUCCGAUCCCUUCUUUCUUCCUCUCCCACUUCCUUCUUUUCCACUUUAAAUCCUUCAUUUAAUUUUAUAUAUUUUUUUAAAAUCCCCCCCUUCUCCCCUUCCCUCUUUCCUCCCCCAUCGGUCGGGUCGGGGUCCGAUUAUGGCCAAAACUUACGACCACCUUUUCAAACUCUUGCUGAUCGGAGACAGCGGGGUCGGGAAGACCUGCCUGAUCAUCCGAUUUGCCGAGAACAACUUCAACCGGACCUACAUCAGCACCAUUGGAAUCGACUUCAAAAUCCGGACCGUGGAAAUUGAAGGGAAAAGGAUCAAGUUGCAGGUCUGGGACACAGCUGGCCAGGAACGGUUCAAGACCAUCACCACUGCCUAUUACCGGGGAGCUAUGGGCAUCAUCCUGGUCUACGACAUCACGGAUGAAAAAUCCUUCGAGAAUAUCCAGAACUGGAUGAAAAGCAUCAAGGAGGCAAGUGGGAAGAAUUGGGGUUUGGUGAGCGGGGCAGAUGACAUAAAACAGGAGCCAAAACUGAAUGGAAACAGAUCUGGGGAAAAGCUAUCCAAGGAGCAUGGGAUCCGAUUCUUCGAGACCAGCGCCAAAUCCAGUGUGAACGUAGAGGAGGCUUUCAACACUUUGGCCCGGGACAUUCUUCUGAAAUCAAGCAAAAAAUCGGCUCAACCCGCAAAGGGAGCGUUGGACCUGAAGAGGUCGUCCAAAACCCACAGCAAAUGUUCCUUGAUCUAGUGAACGGUGAACGGCGGGCCUGUUUGGAUGCCACCGGUUGCUAGGGCGCCGCCGGGCGCCUCCCUUCCUUUCCACCCGGAAAGCCUCUGUUUUCCUUCCGGAAGGAUGAUGAUGAUGAUGAUGAGCUUUCCCAGGCUGGAUCCUGGUCGGUGACAGCGGCAGAAUAUGGGGACUGGGAUUUCCCCCAUACACUCACCCCCCACCCCUUGUUUCUUAGUAGUACCUUCUGGUGAUAAAUGUCGGCCAAUUUUGGAUCUGCUGGGGAGAAAAAAAAUGGAUUUGCACUUAGAGAUUUGAAGACUGAUCAUUUUACGAAAAAGGGAUGAAGUAGAUUUUAUAUAUAUAUAUAUAUAUUUUAAACUGGAGAAACUCAGCCACUACAGAGUCCAAAUACCCCAGGAAGCAGCCCCAAACCACCGGAAUUUUAGGGGUGCUGAGGACCACCACCUUUCUUUUCCAUAAUCGCACCGGCUGGCUGGCAACGAGAAGCUGCCUGCGUACCGUUGUGUGACUCCGUGUCACGAUUUCCGCCGUGGGGACUCCGAUCGCCUCCUGCCCCACUCCAGAGUCCAACGGGAUGGAGACAGGAUCUCUCAACCUGGUCUCUUUGCACUCCGUGGCUGAACCCCUCAAAAAGCACCCCCUGAACCCCAAACCAAGAUCAUUCCACCAGGGCCUCCUGGUCUGAAUUUCCUUUCUUUUUCUUUUCCUUUUCCUUUUGUAAUCUUUUGAACAGUAUUAAAACGUUUGCAGUGCA